GUAUUGUUGAGUGGGUGGAGCUAGUGGAAGAAUCUCUCAGAAUGUUCUUGGUGAAAUGACUGUUCGCUUCAUUGUGCAUCAUACAUUUGUAAAUAAUAAUAAUGAUAAUGGCAGUGAUUUCUGUGACGUCAUUCUUCAUUUAGAAGCUCUUUAUUUAUUAUUUAUUAGUGUAGUGAAGUGCGCAGCCUCAUUUCCCGAAUUCCUUCAUGCAUGCUCAUCCAUGGAGAAUCUUUUUUUCCAUCUCCACUCUGUGUGCUGUAAUGAAGUGAUUAUCUAAUCCUAAUGUCGGAUCGAUUGAAGCCCAUCUGAACUUGUUCCUGUGUCAGCGGCCGCGUUUCAAUCAAUCAGGCGGGUUUUUCAUUCCUGCGGUUGCGCAAACGCGUCACACACACACACACACACACACACACACACACACACGCGCGCAGAGAGAGAGAGAGAGAGAGAGAGAGUGUGUGUGUGUGUGUGUGUGAGAGAGAGAGAGAGAGAAAGAGAGAGAGAGUGUGUGUGUGUGUGUGAGAGAGAGAGAGACUCACAGCCUCGGGCAACUCACGAAUUAAUCCUGUGUCCUUCCCUUCAGCACAUCACACCUCCUCCUCCUCCACUUCUCCUCCUCCACCUCUCCUCCUCCACUUCUCCAGGUUCCUCACAUCUCACCAGUUCGGGAUUUUUGUGCCCGAUGCGCGGAGCCGGUGCGCGUCCCCGCGUCUCCGCGCUCUCCAAACACACCACCGGAGCGCUUUUCUGUGCGUUAUAUCAAGUUUUUAAACUUCCUCUCAUUCUUUCAGCUUUUCUUCUUUUGUUUCCUCCUGGAAAUGGUUUCCUCACAGAACGCUUCCAAUGUGACCGGGAAUUGGACGAAUCAGUUCGCGCAGCCGCCGUGGCGCGUGGCUCUGUGGUCGGUGGCGUACAGCUCCAUCCUGGCGGUGGCCGUGUUCGGGAACCUGGUGGUCAUGUGGAUCAUCGUGGCGCACCGCAGGAUGCGCACCGUCACCAACUACUUCCUGCUGAACCUCGCCUUCUCCGACGCCUCCAUGGCCGCGUUCAACACGCUCAUUAACUUCAUCUACGCCGUGCACGGGGACUGGUACUUCGGCGAGGCGUACUGCAAGUUCCACAACUUUUUCCCGGUUACCUCCGUGUUCGCCAGCAUCUACUCCAUGACCGCCAUCGCUGUGGACAGGUAUAUGGCCAUAAUUCACCCUCUGAAGCCUCAUCUCUCAGCCACGGCCACUAAAGUGGUGAUCGUGUGCAUCUGGGUGUUGGCUGUGGUGCUGGCGUUCCCGCUCUGCUUCUUCUCCACCGUCAAGAAAUUACCCAUGAGGACUGUGUGCUACGUGCCGUGGCCUCAACCUGAAAAAGACUCCUUCAUGUACCAUAUCAUCGUGAUGUUUCUGGUCUACAUGCUGCCUCUAGUGGUGAUGGGAAUCACAUACACCAUCAUCGGCAUGACGCUGUGGGGAGGAGCGAUCCCCGGAGACUCGUCAGACAAUUAUCACGGGCAACUACGCGCCAAGAGGAAGGUGGUGAAGAUGAUGAUCAUCGUCGUCGUGACCUUCGCCAUCUGCUGGCUGCCGUAUCACAUCUACUUCCUGAUCACGGGCCUGAACAAGGACCUGGCCAAGAACAAGUCCAUCCAGCAGGUCUACCUGUCAGUCAUGUGGCUGGCCAUGAGCUCCACCAUGUACAACCCCAUCAUCUACUGCUGCCUCAACAGCAGGUUCCGAGCGGGUUUUAAGCGAGCGUUACGCUGGUGUCCGUUUGUCCGCUUGUCCAGUUACGAUGAUCUGGACCUGAGGGCCACGCGCAUGCAGGCGACCCGCCAGAGCAGCAUGUGCAUGCUGUCACGUGUGGAAACCACCAUGACGGUCAUGAGCGACUCCACAGAGGGCUCCACCAAAUGCAAGAGCCUCAUCAACCACCAGCACAACCACAACGGCUGCUCUCACUCCACCAAGAGAGCCACGACGUACACACCCAGCAACCCUCACGACGACUUCUGCUGACCACGAAGUUCAUUCGUAAGCAUUAGCUUCAUCAGAUUCGGCCUUAUCGUCGCUAAGCUUAAACAUCAAGACUGAAAGAUAUUCAUGGAAUC